AUGGCGAACCAGGGAUCCAAGAAGAUUGUGGAGAGGAACAGGAAGCGCAUGGAUCUCCUCUGGCGCAUAAUCCUCGUGUCCAACGUUAUUUACAUAGUAGUGAGGAUGGCUGUAAUGUACUCUUCUUUCACCUGGAAGCAUUGGAUUGGCCUCGUGGUGACAUCUGCUGCAUACUUUCUUUCAUACAAGCAACUCGCUAGUAUGACAAAGCCCGAAUAUUCUGACGCGGACAAUCGUGAACUUCUGAGUUCGGGUUAUGACUUGGCCACCGGUGGGCUUUCGGAAUAUAUAGAGGAUGUGAUAUACAUCACAGCAUUUGUGCAGCUUACGUCCAUUAUUUCUGGAAAAUUUUGGUGGACAUAUCUGGUGAUACCAGCUUUCGGUGGAUACAAGAUCUUUUUUCUGUUGAAGGGAACAUUCUUCGGUGGUGGUUCAGAGGGUGAAGUCGAAGAUGAGAAGUCUCGAAAGAAGAGGGAGAAAAUGGAGAAAAAGGCAUCUAGAGGGAAGAUGCUAGCACAAAUGUCAACUAAUCUUAAAGUUAUGAUGAAUACCAGCAUUGGUAUUUGUAUAUUUCCUGACCCUUCUGGUUAUGUAAACCAACAAUGA